AGAGUAUAGAGAGAGAAAGAGAGAGAGAGAGAGAGAGAGAGAGAGAUGAAGGGCACAUCGAAGGUGAUAAUGGGGGCCACACUGGUGAUGGUGGUGAGCCUCGCCAUAGUCUUAGGCUUAAUCCUGGUGCUGCUGGCGGAGCUCUACUGCUCACUCUUCCUCCGCCGCCGCCAGCACAAAACCAACAGCUCCUCCAACACCGCGGCCUCCGCCGCUGACUCUGCAGCCGCCGCCACAGCUGCUUCUGAUCAGCCCUCAACACAGCAGCAUCAAGAGAGUCAAGACCACCCAACUGGUCCUCCUCUCGGCAGCUUCUUGGGCAUUCUUCGCGCUCCGAGAAGCUUCCUUUUCCCACCGGUUACUUCCAAAGAAGAAGACAAUGCAGAUAUAAAGAAGCAGCAUUCUCAGCUCCUCCACCAGGUUUUCGACAUCCCGGUCCGAAACCAAGAUAUAUUACCAAACGCAUCUCCCCGCCAUAUAGGGGUAAUUAUGUCAAGCCCCUCCCCGUCAAUUUCUUUUGUAACUUCCCCACAGCCAACCCCAGAACACAAAAUCACCGCCAGUCCCGGUGCUAAUUGUAACGAAAAAGCUGGCGCUGACGCUGGUUGUGGUGGCGGAGCUGCAGAACAUUUUGUGUACAUUUCCAACCCCAUUUACGACAACGAAGCGAUGAAAAGGGCGAGCGGAGCAAACACUCCAUUCGAAACGCCGGACACGUCGCCGUCGAGGUUGGAAAUGGGGGGUUCUUCUUCUUCAAGCUCCGGGGAGGAGGAGGUUGCGCAGCCGACCCCGUCUGGUCCGUCAAGCCCAAUUACCACGCCUCCUUUGACUCCGAUGAAGAAGCUCCCUGCGGAGGCUUGCUCUGUUUCUCUCAGAGAUGCCAGAUCUCUAGGCACUUCGGGUAGUGAUUCCAAUAGCAACAAUGGCCUCUCUUCCUCCUCCUCUGGUUCUCCUUGUACUUCUCCUUCAUGGUGAUUAAUUAGAGUUUUUUUGUUUUU